AUAUUUAUGUAGCAUGAUUUCAGUUAGAAAUUGAAUUAGAAUAGUAUAUACAGCUACUAAUGAUCUUAUUUUUUAAAAAAAGACAUUAUAAAUAUAUUUAUAUUCGUGUAUUCAGUUGAUAGUAAGUGUUUAAUACAAGAUAUAAGCAUGGAAAAUCUUCUUUGUAUUCAACCUUAUAAACAAGAAGAUGAACCGUAUUGCAAAGAACUAGCUGCAAGUGGUUUUAUUGCUUUAUUGAAUUCGACAUACUGUAAUCUUACGAUUACAAGUUAUUUUUUUCAAAGUUUUUUUACUUUGUUUGCUUGCAAUUUAUACUGGUCUGAUAUUUCUUUUCCUUAUUACUUAAUAUAUCCGCUUAUUAUUGCAUUUGCGGUUUAUAUUAUUCUAUAUCUGCUAUUCUGGAAAAUAGUUCAAGAUCCACAAAAAGAAAUAUUUAAUGCUACACGGAAUUGCAACGUAAAUGGUGACAAAUGUUUUUGGGUAGCUGAAGCAUAUUACUAUCGUUCGUUAAAGUGCUUUCGACCAUAUUUGCGUUAUACAAGGUUAACCGAAACAGAAUUACAAAAAUCUAAUAUUAAUAUAUCCGAUUAUGAUAAGAAAAUAGUAGGUUUUAUUGGAGUGGACGAAAAUGUUAGAUUAAGAAAUUGUGCUUUGUUAAAUAAAUUCCUUGUUCAUAAUGAUUAUACGCGGAAAGGCACAGGAACUCAACUCAUAAAAACUGUUGUUCUAUUUUGCGAUGAAAAAAAAUAUACACGCGUAAAUUUGCAAUUUUUCGAUUUUUUGACAUACGUUUUAAAUGUGAGUAAAAAGUUAGACUUCAAAUACUAUGAGACACAGUCAAAAUUGUUUUUCCUAUUAGUAAGUGAAAUAAAAAUUCAUGAAUUCUCUUAUCAAACGAAUAUUACUAAACCUACGCUCAAUAUUAAUAAUAUUGAAACAGAUACAGAAAUAGAAACCAGAAGAAAAACAAAAACAGAAAUAGAAAUACAGAUACAACAAGAAACGCAAAGUCAACCACAAUUUAAAAAAAAAUGCUACUUAAAGCCCUUUAUCUUCUGUAAGAUUGAAAUCUUCUGA